AUACAUUUGUCCGUAUUUCGGUUUCGCAUUCGAGUUGGUAGCUCAUUCUAGCAGGAAGGAAUCAAUGGAGCAGGGCUCCGCCGAGAAUUCGAAUUGGCUCCUGGACUACGGCGUAUCCGACUUCCCUGCUCCGGCGGCAAGCUACGGCUGGCCCUCUCAAGUAGCCAUCAGUUUUUCCUCUAAUGUCAGUGCGGCAGUUGAAUGCUCUUUAGUAGAUUUAGGUAGCUUGACAGAAGUUGCUUCCCCAAAACGGCUGAAGCCUGAAUCAUGUGGUGCAUCCAGCUCAAAAGCAUCCCGAGAGAAACUGCGGAGGGAUAGGCUAAAUGACAGGUUCCUGGAACUGGCUGCCAUCAUGGAUCCUGGAAGGGCACCCAAAAUGGACAAAGCUGCUAUAUUAAGUGAUGCAGUAAGAUCAGUUAUCCAGUUACGCAGUGAAGCCAAGAAGCUGAAAGAGUCAAAUAAAGAAUUGCAAGAGAAGAUUAAAGAAUUGAAGGCAGAGAAAAAUGAGCUUCGUGAUGAGAAACUGAGGCUCAAAGCAGACAAGGAGAAGAUAGAGCAGCAAAUUAAAGCAUUGAGUGCAAGACCAGGCUUCCUGCCACACCCGCCUGCAAUGCCAGCUGCAUUUGCUCCCCAAGGGCAAGCCGCUGGCAACAAGUUAGUUCCUUUAUAUGGAUUCCCUGGGGUUGCCAUGUGGCAAUUUAUGCCACCCGAUGCAGUUGACACAUCACAGGAUCACGUACUUCGACCUCCAGCCGCGUAAGCAUUUUGAUGCUUGGAAUUUGGAUCUUAUUCCCUAUCUAUAAAUGUUUUCUUGUUUACUUAAUUUCUAUCAAUUAUUGCCGAUCAAAAGAAAAGUUCUGGCAAUGGUUACGCUAAUAUGUCUGAAAUAAGAGAUUAGUACGUAGUUGGAUGUUCUAUGCAUUUGAAAUUGACAAGUUUGACAGACAUAGGCUUGUAAAAUACAAUAAUCUUUAUGUAUCUAAUCAAGAUGAACGAAAAGCGUCUGUAACGUGAGUUGUUUUGUUCAUUAUCUAUACUUCCAAGGUUGUUUAUAUGCAACUUUUCUCUUGCUAGGUUUGAAAAUUUUUUAAGAGAAAAGUGCUUAUAAGGGAGUUUUAU